GUUGUAGCCCAUAAUAUAAAUUUUUUUUAGGAAAAAUUUGGUCAGGUGACCCCAACUGCAAAGGGCCUAUUGACAAGGGCUCAUAACAGGGGUGACACAGCUGGGAGAUUCAGACCAACAGAGAAAGCCAUAAAAACUAUUCGCUUGCAGUUCGAUCGGCGACGGAUUCAAGAAGGAGGAUCAUGAAAGGCUUACCUUACAAGAUGAAGACCAGAGUGCUUCUCCUGUUUAUGCUGUUAGCGGUCAUGGAACUCAAUGGCGAAAAUGGGAAUGAACACUCUCUUGCUUGUUACAAGUGCGACUCUGAGACAUCUUGGGAAGACUGCGAUAAGAAUAUGCACGGUAUGAACUGUUCCGCUAAAUACUCUGAAGUUUGUAUUAAAGUUGAAAGAACCUGGUGGGAUGACCAAAAGAACAGCAGCGAGCUAAAGACGAGCUAUGCCAGAUAUUGCACCCUUGCAGAAGACUGCACAAAAAAGGAGUGCCGGGAGCGGAAAUGGGAGUGUAAAAUUGACUGCUGUUUCACAAACAUGUGUAACACAAGUAUUAUCACGUCACCACAUGCCCUUCUCAUUGGAGUAUUCUUGUGCCUUGCGCUGGAAUCCAUAUCUGCUUUCUAGAAAGGCUUUCAUAGGACAGUCGACAGGUGAAAAGGUUUAAAAUUGAGGAACCGUAGCCAAGAAAAGUGUUAUUAAAAAAUUAUGAAAACGUUCACUGGAUAUAAAGUUAAAACUUUCAAGCCUUUGGCUGUCAGACUACAGCCUAGCCUUCGAUGGAUAAAAAUGGAAAAAACGACAACUACAAAUAU